AUGAUUUUAGGCUACGUCUCAUCCUUCUAUCAUGUUCUUUUUGCCCUAGCAUGGGUCGGUGCUCUUCAAGGUGCAUCAUGGGUUCCAGCCACAAAGCUUUUGGCAAAGUGGUACACCGAUGGUUCUUAUGGCAAAAUGUUUUCUAUCCUCGGCUGUGGUAGUACCACUGCCGGAUUUGCCACGUUGAUAUACUCUAUCGUUAUCUAUCUUUGUUUACGAGGCGAUGAUGUGACGCCGUUAACGGCGAACAAAGGAAAAUCAUCGAAUAUCUUGACUUUCAUCUGGUCUCCAGUAAUAUGGAGCGUUGCUGUAAACUACCUCUUUACGAUGGAGGUACGAACAAUAUGUGAGACAUGGAUACCAUUAUACAUCAACGAGAAUGGCAUAGAUCUCGCUACUUUCCAAGUACUUUACGAAAUAGGAGGCAUUUUGGGUAACAUCGGUUCUGGCGCUCUGCUUGACCAUCUAUGUCUUCGGAUCUCAGUCGACUCAGCUCGACGCAUUGUUGGACUGGGAAGCACCACAUUGCUCCUUUUAACGGCGGCAUACAGCAUCAAAUAUCUGGUGCGUUUUUCAAUUCGUAUUUUCUAA